AUAGGAGUGAGAGGGGGGUGGACACACUUGGAUGAUCUGGGCCCCUGCUCAGCAGUGCCUCCACCGGGGCUCUCCUAGGUGCACUCCUUGGUCAGCCCAGCCCAGCCUCCUGCCCUGGCUCUUGGUGAGCCUAGGAGCGCUCCCCAGGCUUUGCCCUCGCUGUUCCCUCCGCCGGGUCGCUGCCUGGGCACAUACUAUAAGCACCCCACCUUGCGUGUAUGGAAAUAGGGUCAGAGAGGGCCUGGUGCCGAUACCUGUAUGUGAACACCACGCUACGAUCAUCAAUGCGACAGAAAAUGGAACCAGCCAUGACGUAUUGUUUUCCCUGUGCGUUUUGGGGAGCAGCAUCACCCUCAAUUUCUCCCCAGUUUGCCAAUUGCUAGGAAAGGGCCCCACUCCUACCCUGUUGUCCAAGCCAGAACCAGGCCUCCCUGUUCCCAUGAUCCCGCCUAGUCCAGCCUGCAUCAGCUUUCGGGGGGGCGAUAGCAGGGGCCCCAAGGUGGUCCCGGACCCAGGUCUGUGUGACCGGCAGGGGGCGGCUUGCCUUUCCAGGCCACACCUCAAGCAGCCUGAGGGGCCACACAGACGUCGAAGCCUCACUGAGCCUUCUUGGACAUCCAUCCCUGAAACUCGGGGAGCACUCAGCCCCUGGCCACCUGUGCCCUCACCUCCACCUCCCUACUUAACCACACUGCCCAGGGGUUUUUGAAGAACUUACAGACCAACUAAAUUACUUGUCUGAGGCCCUCCAGCCCGUGAGAGACUAGGCUGUGGCUUGCCCAGGUCUGGCUGCUGCCACAGGGCCACUCCCAAGGCAGGGCUUGGGGAGGAAGCCGAGUGCAGGGGAACGAAGAACAACCAUGACAUCUCAUUUCCUCUUGGCUGUGAGUCAAGGUCCACCUAAACCAGUGCCCCUUUGCCUUGACCCUGGCCCCACGCACAGCCGUGGCUGCAGCUGCUGCUGUCCCAGGCGGGCCUGCUCGGACACAUCCUGCCCACUUGGCACCUGCCCAGGAAAAAGAGGGUCACCUCAAGGUCCCCAGAUAACAGCCCGGUCACAGGGAUAAAAGGGGGAGCCUCCCAGGCCCGUGCCCUGCACCUCCCUGACAGUGACACCAUGGCCUUCCUCUGGCUCCUCUCUUGCUUCGCCCUCCUGGGCACAGCCUUUGGCUGUGGGGUCCCCGCCAUCCACCCCGUGCUGAGCGGCCUGUCCAGGAUUGUCAAUGGGGAGGACGCUGUCCCCGGCUCCUGGCCCUGGCAGGUGUCCCUGCAGGACAAAACCGGCUUCCACUUCUGCGGCGGCUCCCUCAUCAGCGAGGACUGGGUGGUGACUGCCGCCCACUGCGGGGUCAGAACCUCCCACCUGGUUGUGGCCGGGGAGUUUGACCAGGGCUCAGAUGCUGAGGACACCCAGGUGCUGAAGAUUGCCAAGGUGUUCAAGAACCCCAAGUUCAACAUGUUCACCGUCAACAACGACAUCACCCUGCUGAAGCUGGCCACGCCCGCCCGCUUCUCCCAGACCGUGUCCGCCGUGUGCCUGCCCGAUGAGGCCGACGACUUCCCCGCCGGCACCCUGUGUGCCACCACCGGCUGGGGCAAGACCAAGUACAACAAUGCCAACACCCCCGACAAGCUGCAGCAGGCGGCCCUGCCCCUCCUGUCCAACGCCAGCUGCAAGAAGUUCUGGGGCAACAAGAUCACCGACCUCAUGGUCUGCGCCGGCGCCAGCGGCGUCUCCUCCUGCAUGGGCGACUCUGGUGGCCCCCUGGUCUGCCAGAAGGAUGGAGCCUGGACCUUGGUGGGCAUCGUGUCCUGGGGCAGCGGCACCUGCUCCACCUCCAGCCCUGGCGUGUACGCCCGGGUUACAGAACUCAUGCCCUGGGUGCGGCAGAUCCUGGCCGACAACUGAGGCCCUGGCCCUGCCAACCCUGCUCCCACAAAGCUCAAUAAACCCGUAAAAACAU